AUGGCACAUUCUAUCAUUUCUCCAGCCAUUCUCUACUGGGGCACUCCAGUUGUUCUCAUUACCUCAGAAAACGAAGAUGGUCUUGAUAACAUUUGUGCCAUCUCUUCGGUAUUUUGGCUCGGUCACCGCUGCAUUCUCGGAUUUGGGACCCAGAACAAAACGCCUCAGAAUAUCCUCAGAACAGGCCAUUGUGUAGUGAACCUCCCAGAUGAUACUAUGGCUCGUAAUAUCAAUCUGCUAGCCACCACGACUGGCACUAAAGAAGAGGAUAUUUCUUCGUCAAAGCGCGCUAGAAACUACCGCUACGUCAAGGAUAAAUGGGCAUGUGCAGACCUUACACCACAGAAAUCGGAUCUCGUCCGCCCAGCACGUAUUCUCGAGUGCCCUGUUCAGAUGGAAUGCGAAUUAGCAAAGGGUCAUGUGCUAAUGGAGGAUUUUCCUGAUCUGAAAGGUGCCAUUACAGCAAUUGAGCUCAAAGUCCUGCGAGUUCACAUUUUGGACCAUCUUCGAAUGCCUGGGCAGCCAAACCGCGUUAACCCAGAUCACUUGAGGCCUAUUUUUAUGUGCUUCCAGGAGCUAUAUGGAUUUGGAGAGGGAAAGGUAGCAGAGAGUGUACUAGGAAAGGUGGACGAAGAAAAAAUGCCUGUAUGA